AUGGGUUGGGGCUGGCGGCUGGGCUUGCUGGGCGGCCUGGCCGCGUGGACGCAGCGGCGGCGGGCGGCGGCGGCGGCGCAGGGCCCUGCGGGCGGGGAGCGACGGGAGCUGGAGCUGCGGCUGGUGCAAGUGGUGUUCCGGCACGGGGCCCGCACUCCGCUGCGGCCCGUCCCGGGGGCUUCGCCGCAGGUGGAGUGGCCGCCCAGUCUGUUGGAGGUGCCCGCUCACACCAAGCUGGACUACACGGUGACCGACCUCCGUGGCGGCCCGCAGCCUCCCUCGCCCUAUGAGGAACGCUACAGGAAAACCACUUUCAAGGGUGGUGCGCUGGCCGGACAGCUGACCGCUGUUGGGAUGCAGCAGAUGUUUGCCCUGGGGGAAAGGCUGAGGAGGAGCUACAUAGAGGAAGCCAGCUUUCUCUCACCAGCAUUUAAGCCUUCUGAGGUCUUUAUCCGUUCCACUAAUAUUUUCCGGAACCUGGAAUCUACGCGAUGCCUACUAGCUGGGCUGUACCAACAGCAAAAAGAAGGACCUGUUGUCAUUGUCACUGAUGAAGCAAGCUCAGAAAUCCUCUACCCCAAUUACUACAACUGCCAGCGCCUGAAGUGCUUGACCAGGCAGAAGCUGAAGGAUGCUCAGCUACAGCCAGCUAUCUCUGAGGACUUAAAAACAAUUAAGAAGAAGAUGGGUGUUGAUGGUGAUGAGUCUGUGGAUUUUUUUCUCCUCCUUGAUAACAUUAAUGCUGAGCAGGUGCACGGUUUGCCAAGCUGCCCCGUGCUGAAAGACUUUCAGCAGACUAUCGAGCGUCGAUGCGUAGAGUCAGUGCUUUUCGUUCUGGAAGACGGUUCAAGAGAAGUUCUUCAGAUGAGUGUUGGUCUCCUUUUCAAUACCUUACAGAAGAACAUUACAGAAGCAGCAGAUCCCUCAUCUCCAGCUGAAAAGGCCAGAAAGCUCAUUCUGUAUGCUUCUCAUGAUGUUACCCUUAUUCCUCUCCUGAUGGCCCUGGGCACCUUUGAUCACAAGUGGCCCCCUUAUGCUGCAGAUGUGACCCUUGAACUGUAUCAGCACCGGCAGUCCAAAGAGUGGUUCAUUCGCGUGUCUUACCACGGAGAGGAGCAAGUGGUGAAGGGAUGCAGAGCAGGCCUCUGCCCACUAGAAGAAUUUCUAAAAGUUCUUUCACAGUACUCAAUCAGUCCAGAGGAAUACAAUAACCUGUGCUCUCAAACAGAGGGGAAUCAGCAAAGUGACUUGUAAACAGUUGUCUUAAAUUAAAUAGUUUGAUAUCAUCAGAA